UUCUGUGUUCCACGACGUGUUGUUAGUUCCGCAAAUCUCAAGUAGACUAACAAGCAGGGCCCACCUUAAAGAAGCACAAAACUUCUAAUGCAAUCCUCGAUCUGAAACCGUCAAGUGUGAACGCUUUCGUCUUUUUACUUUUGGGUGACCAUUCCCACUCACCAACAUGCCACUGGUGACACGGAACAUUGAGCCCAGGCACCUAUGCCGCCAGUCAUUGCCCAACACCAUCAAAAGUGAACUUGAGUGUGUGACUAACAUCACUCUUGCCAACAUCAUUCGUCAGCUGGGCUCUCUGAGUAAAUAUGCUGAGGAUGUGUUUGGAGAGUUGUUUGUCCAAGCCAGCACAUUUGCAGAGCGAGUGAGUACACUUGGGGAGAGAGUGGACCGUCUGCAGGUUAAAGUCACACAGCUGGAUCCCAAAGAGGAGGAGGUCUCCCUGCAGGCCAUUACCACGCGCAAGGCCUUCCGCUCCAGCCUGACCCAGGAUCAGCAGCUCUUCAUCCGCCCCUCCUUGCCCGUACCUGUGCAGGAUACCUAUUUGGUCUGCGAUGAGCCGCCACCUCUCAACAACCUCAGCGUCUACAGGGAUGAUGGCAAAGAGGCUCUGAAGUUCUACACCGAUCCCUCCUACUUCUUUGACCUCUGGAAAGAAAAGAUGCUGCAGGACACCAAAGACAUCAUGAAAGAGAAACGCAAGCAUAGGAAGGAGAAGAAGGAUAAUCCCAACCGCAGGAAUCAAAACCCACGGAAGAUUAAGACCCGCAAGGAUGAGUGGGAACGCCUCAAAAUGGGGCAGGAGUUUGUCACGCCCAAAAGUGGUGAUUCGAGAAACUCCUCUGAGGGUCUGAAUGGCAGUGCUGGCUCUGAUGAUGGAUUCAGUGGGGAGAUGGACUCCACUGGGUAUGACCCGGGCUCCCCCUUUCCUCCGCCAGCUCCUGAUGAUUUGCCUCCUCCACCACCCGACAUGUACUCUGAUCCUGGAGGUCAGCCUCAGAAGCGCAGCAGCCUUUUAAGUCCAGCCCACCCACCUCCAGCUCCUCCAAUGGCGUCCUCUCCUACUUUGCAAUCUAACAUAGCCCCACCCCCAGCCCCACCUCCUCCUCCACCGAGUGGCAUGAUCCCACCCCCUCCACCACCUGGCUGGGAUUCCACCCCAACUUCUACUCCCAAUGGCACCUCUCCUCCUGCUCCCCCACCUCCCCCCACACUUGCAGGGAUUGCACCACCACCGCCUCCUCCAGCUGCUGGAGGUCCACCACCUCCUCCUCCCCCUCCUCCCCCACCUGGUCCUCCCCCUCCCCCCUCUGCUGGACCUCCUCCCCCUGCUCCAAUUUCCUCUGGAGCCCCCAACGCAGCUCCACCAAAAGCUCAGCCUGCUCCUGCUGGUGAUGCAACACGCAGUGAUCUCCUGUCGGCUAUACGUCAAGGCUUCAACCUCCGUAAGGUGGAGGAGCAGCGGGAACAAGAGAAGAGGGACACUGUGGGCAAUGAUGUGGCUGCCAUCUUGUCCCGCCGAAUUGCUGUAGAGUGUAGUGACUCUGAGGAUGACUCCUCUGAGUUUGACGAUGAUGAUUGGUCUGACUGAGACUGAUCAUCUAUCUCUGUGUGUGUGUGUGUGUAUGUAUGUAUGCGUGUGUGUGUGUGUGUGUGUGUGUGCGCACAUGAUCUCACUCACACUACCUGUUUUAUCAUUAGAGUUCACCUUCAAGAGUAACCAGCAGCAUUGUAUUGACAGGAUGCUUCUGUGUGUAUGUGUGUUUGUGCUGACUUGCUUGUAUGUUAGCUCCAUUAAAAACCGGGCCAGUGAUUCCUUCCUGCACCAUUUAAACCAAAUAGGUGAAUCUAAUAGAACCUCCCCAUCCUUAGAGAGGCAGCAUAGUCCAAAUAGGUGAAUCUAAUAGAACCUCCCCAUCCCUACACAGAGGCAACAUAGUCCAAGUCAUCCAAAUAAUAAAGCAGGCUAAAUGGUCAAAUAUUUGGAAAGGAAAGAUCCACAGCAAGAAAACUGAUGGAACCCUGGUUCUCAUCUUGAGUAUUGUUGUUAUGCAUGUAUUGAUACUAUCAUCCAUAGGGUGAUGGGAUUUCUUUAUAUCCCUGCAACCUAGAUGUAUCUUGUAUAACUAUGGCGAGAUGUCUGUUCAGGCAUCAGCUGAUAGACAGUACAAAACGUCAGGUGACAACACAUUGUUCCCCUAAUAUACUGUAUAUUUUUCAGCGACUGCCUAAGGUCUCUUAAUUUACAUUAAUUAUAGAUGCAACUCCCUUAUACUGACAGUAUUGCAGUAUCAGCUGUCUGAUUAUUUUCCUUCUCACAGAGUGCCACUUAUCACUUUUCCAUAAAACAGGUUGUUAUAGCUCUCUUUCACAAAUCUGCAAUAGGCAGUCUAAUUGAUUUUAUAGUGUCUUGACAUAUGGGGGAUAAGACUUAAGUGUAAGACACUUGCAUACAGCCAUUUCUGUUGGUUUUAGACCAGAUUUCUGCAGACUGACUGUUGAGCAGAUAAUGCCUAUUUGCAGACAAGUAUUCUAUUUUAAACUGUGUGGGAGUCAUGGAAUAGAUGUAUGUGUGUGAAAGAGAUGGUGUGUGUGUGUAUGUCUGUGUUUGAGUAAGUUGAGCAUGUUUGGUUGUUUGGGGAUAUAGCUCUUACUGACUUUAUGAAGUUUAUGACUUCAUAAUUGUUGCUUUGAUGCACACACAUAUACACACUCACACACACAGAGAGAGACACUUUCUCAGACACACAGAUCCUGUGUGAAUCACUUUAUUGACAUAUUUUCUAGAAAGAAUCAAAAGAUUUAAAAUAACUUUUUUUAUCUAUUCUUUUAUUUUGUACAAAAUGCUUUAGCCUUUGUCAUGUGUGUAGCUCUGGCCUGCAUUAUUCCCCUUGUCCCCAGUGUUGCAGCAUGGGAUUGUGUUUUCAAAUGUUUCACUGGCUCUGUUUGUGACAGAGUCGCCAAGUGGGGACCAAUCCAAAGAUACAUUCGAAAGUGCCUUGUAAUGUACUGAGUGCCUUAACUUUCAAAGCCAAAGCUUAAUGUCAGCCCCUUUGUUCUGCCAAGUCUGUAAUCAGACAACCAGUAAAAAUAUAUAUUUCACAUCUAACAUUUGCAUAUUUGUUGAGACUUUCUACAUGAUCAGUUGAAAAAAAUAAACCAAAUUAAUGUUU